GGGGACUUCUCCCGGGUCCCAUGCUUCCCAGCCGCCCUCUCCCUGCAGGGAGAUCCGGGAAAGAGCCCGAGUGCGGGGAGGGGAGGGUCGGCCUUGCGGAGGCCCAGCAGGAGAGGAGAGAAGCCGGGCGAGGAGGAGGCAGGAUUCGCACCAGGCUCCCCGAGGGCCCCAUCCUGUCUCCGGAGGGGGAGAGAAGCGGGGAGGCCUCCUUCCCGGCCCUGUUCGGGGGGGACCUCGGCCCUGCGCUGGGAUGAGCCGCUUGGGGCUCCGGGCAGGUUGGGUGAAGGUCGCUCAGUGGCUGAAUUCCACUUUCUAAUUCUUUCUGUUUUUCUUCCCAUCUCAGAUACAGAAACUGGAAGCCAUUUGUGGUCUUUCCAAGGCAAACUUUUCUCUUGGGGGAGAAAAAAAGAGCGGAAUCACCUGCAGGGAUCAGUCCUGCGGCCCUAGAAAUGGUCCUGUGAAGGAAAAGGCAUCUGGAGACCCACCAGAGUCCUUGGAGCCAUUUGGAGUUGCUCUGCAGGAGAGAGAAAGGAUGGAGACACAAUCUUUGGGAAAGGAGGGAGCCGGAAAAGGCCUUUCAGCUGCUCAGCCUGGGAAGGGGGGGAAGCUCUGGACAAGAACCAGGCAGAAGAUCCUGGAGGAGGAAACCAUCCUCUCUUCAGAAGUUCAGCCCUGGACCUUCAUCCAAUACCAGGAGGUGGAGGGUCCCCAAGGACUUUGCAGCCGACUCCAUGACUUUUGCAGGCGAUGGCUGAGACCAGAAAAGCACACCAAAGCCCAGAUGCUGGACCUGGUGGUUCUGGAGAAGCUCCUGGCUCUCCUGCCCCCAGAGAUGGAGGGCUGGGUGCGGGAAUGUGGAGCAGAGACCAGCUCCCAGGCGGUGGCCCUGGCGGAAGGCUUCCUCUUGAGCCAGGCGGAGGAGCAGAAGGAGCAGGUCCAGUUGCAGUCAAAGUGUAGCCCAGGGGAGAUCAAAGAUCCUGAGGGAAGGAAGAACCCAUCAAAUCCCCCUCAGGAGCUAUUUUUCAGGAGGAUCCCUUGGGAAGAUCCAAGUCAGGACACUUCAGAAGGUAAUGGAAGAUCCUCCGAUAACCCAUCUGUCUUCCCUUCGCUCUCUCUUCCCUUCUAUAGAAUACCUUUGAAAGGAAACUAUAGCCAUCUAUCUCCAUAACCCCCAUCUCAGACACACCAACAACAGCCAAGCCUCCUACAACAAAUGACCUCAUCCCAUUGGGUUCACAACCCCUAGUGAUCACAGAAAAGGCAGUGCAGGACCUAUUUCAGACAAAAGCCAGGAAAAGCUCCAGGCCCAGACAAGAUAACUCCUUCUUGCUUAAAAGUCUGUGCUG